CAACUUUAUCAUUUUUCUUUGCCCCCAGCACCCAAAUCCUUGAUCAUUAGUCUUUUUAGCUACCUGUACACCUGUGUGGCUUGAACGUCGUUUCCUAUAGCGAUUACACGGAAACAAUGGCGCAUCAUCCUUCUCACGUUGGAGAAGGCCCUAUCCAGACAGUUGACAUUUCCCCUCUUCUUACUGAGGCUAGCGAUUCCCUCGCUGAUUUGGAACUUCUCAGAGCUGGGCAGGCUCUUGUCAGGGCUCUCCAUACUCUAGGGUUUGUCAAAGUCACAGGUCAUGGAAUUGAAAAACAUGAAAUUGAGACUGCUCUUGCUUGGUCCAAGAAGCUUUUCGAUCUGCCGUAUGAAGACAAGAUGAAAGCCCCCCACCCCCCUGGAAACAUGCCCCACCGAGGCUACUCAGGAAUCGGCCGAGAGAAGGUUUAUUCCCCAGCAGAUGUAGAGGCCAAUGCAGCGGCCGGCAACCUUGCCCAAGAAUUGCGAAAGAUCUCUGAUUUCAAGGAGAGCUAUGAGAUAGGAAGUGAGGACGAUCCCGUGCAGCAGAAUAUAUGGUUACCCGAUGAUAUACUCCCCGACUUCAGGCGUCGUAUGACAGACCUCUACAAGAGGCUGUCCGGUGUAAGCGAGGUCUUGCUUCAGGCUAUUGGUGUUGGCUUAGGCCUUAACGAUGAAGAACGUACCGCCCUUGAUAGGUUGAUUUCGUACCGCCAUUGCCAAUUGCGCCUAUUGCAUUACCCUGCUGUUAGCAAAGACAAGUUACAGAAUGACCUAAUAGCACGCCUACCACCCCAUACAGACUGGGGAACAUUCACGAUCCUUUUUCAAGACGGUGGCGGGGGUUUAGAGCUAAAGCGCCCCGGAUCACAAGAGUUCCUUCAUGCAGAACCUGAAGACGGAACAUUUAUAUUGAAUAUUGGUGACAUGCUCCAACGCUUUACUAAUGACUAUUUUAUCUCUGCCCUGCAUCGAGUAUCAGUUCCCAAGGCCGAUAAAGUACCAGAGACGGGUAUCCCCGCUCGCUAUUCCAUUCCCUUCUUUACUGCUCCUGACUUCACUCACGUGGUAGAAACCCUACCACGCUUCGUUACAACUGAAAAUCCCAACAAGUAUGGGCCAGUCAGGUUUGAUGAAUACGGUUCAGUCGUUAGCAAAUAUCAGUACGAACGAGACAACUCGUAAAUAAAUGUGCGAGUGGCGCAGGAAGGAUAAUCAUAUUUUCUUCACUACGAGUACCUAAAUUACUGUCAAGUGUACUACAUACUGAGAUAUCUUCUUCCCCACGCAGCGAACAACUUGCUAGCAUUAACCCAACCUUCUAUUACCCUUGUGCAC